AUGGCAGUGGCAACUCGUUUGACAUGGAUGCAAGAAAAAAAGCUGCAAAAUUACUUUGGAGAAAAGCAGUUUAGCCUUCUCUAUAAGGCCAGUGUCCAUGGAUUCUCUACUAAUAGUUUGCUUCAGAUAUGCUCUAGACAAGGACCUACUCUAACAGUGAUUUACAGUAAAGAUCGGAUUGUUGUGGCAUAUAUGCACAAGAACUAUGGGGAAGGAAACUAUUUAAUCACUGUUUUUGUCUUUCAAGAGACUACAACUACAGAAUGCAAAGUAGGACCAUUUAAACUACUUAUGUCAUUUGAUAAAGACCCUGGUGGAAAUCUUGAAGUCAGUAUGCAUCUAAAGGAAAAAACCAUGUAUUUUAGUGUAAAUGCAAAGGAAAAACUUGGACUAUUUCAAAAUUACAUUUCCUUCCAGGACUGUGAAGUUUUUCGAUGUGAAGAUUUAUUGGACAAAAGGAGGAUGAAUGGAAUUACUGUGCUCAAGGAGAGCUUAUUGUGUGCUAUCAGAAGUUACGUACCAUAUGGAGGCCUGGUUCACAAAAUUCGCAUUCUGCUCCUGGGUCCAGUUGGAGCUGGGAAGUCUAGCUUUUUCAACUCAGUGAGGUCUAUUUUCCGAGGCCAUGUAACGAACCAGGCUUUGGUGGGUUCUAAUCCAACUGGGACAUCUGAAAAGUACAGAACAUAUUUCAUUAAGGAUGGGAAGGAUAACAACACUCUGCCAUUUAUUCUGUGUGACUCAAUGGGGCUGAGUGAGAAAGAAGGCCUGGAUGUGGAUGACAUACCCUAUAUCUUAGAAGGCCAUUUUCCUGACAGAUACCAGUUUAAUUCCUUGAAACUAAGGCCAAAAGGCAUUGGUAACCAUUCAGGCUGUCCAUUGCUGAAGGACAGAAUCCAUUGUGUGGCAUUUGUAUUCAAUGCCAACUCUGUUGGAGAGCUCUCCCAUGAGAUGGUGGAAAAGAUCAAAAAAAUUCAAAGGGAGUUGAUUAAGUCUGAUGUGGUCCAUGUGGUGUUGCUCACUCAUGUGGAUACCUUGGAUCUGAUUACAAAAGGUGACCUCAUAGACAUAUACAAAUGUGUGCCUGUGAAACUUAAGCUAGAGGCAGUUCACAGAAAACUUGGAUUCGCUCUUUCUGACAUCUUUGUGGUUAGUAAUUAUACCUCAGAGUGGGAACUGGAGCCUGUCAUAGAUGUCCUGAUCCUCUCUGCACUGAAAGAGAUGCUGUGGGCUGCAGAUGACUUCUUAGAGAAUUUGCCUCUUGAGAAAACAGGUGCCUGCCAAGAAGUACAUGAAUAUGCAAACAGUGGAGAACAGGUAGGAUCUUGGCACUAUAUGUCAUCAACAAAAACUGCCUGA